GGUAAAGAUUUGGUCUCACAACUCGUACAUUUACUCAAAAUACUGCACUUUUUUAUUAUUUUAUAUGUGGAUUAUUUAAAAGUUGAUGGGUGGGACAUAAAUGCCCCCCAAUUCUGGAAUGACUCAUUUGUGAUUCAUUUAAUUGUUUAAAACUAUGAAGAACUUCAUAGUUAGAGGUUGCUAUUGUGUUUCGAUCUAGUCCUAGCUUCCUUGUUUGUGCUGCAAGUAAAAGAGAUGAAAAUCUAUUAUAUACUGUACAUAUAUAUGUUAUACAUAUGUAUUUGGACCUACAUUAUUUAUUCGUAUCAGACAUACCCAAGUUUGGAUGGUGUCUUUUUGUUUCUUGCACUUGCGGGGCAGAAGUCGUUCGCCUGCAGCAUGCACGCGCACAUUAUUUAGCACACUUCGUUUCCCCACUUUAAAAGAGAAGUCAGUAAGGUGCGCGUGCUUCAGUCCAGUCAUGUCAACGAGCCACACGUCGCAGAACCUGGAGCAGGAUAACGAUCAGGACAGGGGCCGAACGUUCCGGCAGUGGUGCCUGCGGACGUAUGCGGAUUCCGGCAAAACGAAGACGGUGACGCGGCGCAAGUACGACAACAUCUUACAGGCUCUGCUGCACGACGACCACAAGCAGCAGCAGCACAAGAACGCCAAGUUCAAGGUGUGGAUCAAGUCCAAAGGCUUUCAGGUCGGAACGCUGCGGGCGGCCGGCGGCACCGGCCGCGCUGACGCCAAAGUCCUGCUCGUGCCGGUCAAGACGACGAGUGCGGAUGCGGUGUCCCUGAAGCAAGUGGCGGUGGUGGAGGAUUUCUACGACAUCAUCUACACUAUGCACGUGAAAGAGGUCAAACAACCGGGCAAACUUCUUUGGCACGUCGGCCAGAAGAAGACCUACAAAGCCAUAGCAAAGACGUACGCCUUCCUGCCCCGAGAGGCAGUGACACGCUUCCUGAUGAGCUGUACUGAGUGUCAGAAUAGGAUGCACGCCCGCGGACACUGCUCCGAAGCGAAUGAGACUAUCCAGGGCUUGCCGUCGGAUGCCAUGGACAUCCAUGAGUGGAAGCGAGAACACAACAGCAGCAACACUGAUGACGCGUCAGUGAACAGCGAGGACGAGGCCGACAUGAGCGAGCCCUCGUGGCUGCCAGCCGAGCCGGGAGCGACGUCGCAGCUUAGCCUGGCCGGCCGAGCAGAGACCAUGUGCCACAGUCCCAACAUCGCCGGCAACAGGGAGGACGAUGAUGAUUCAUCGUCCGAGAGCGGCAGCGGCCUUCCCGCCCUCACCCCUCCAUCCUCCUCCUCAGCCAUCGUCAUCAGGGAAGCCCAUGUUGUCAAUGGCAACUGUGGCCCCGCCCCACUCAACUUCAGCACACCCACAUCCUGGGCCUCGUCCUCCGAGGAUCAGCAGCCCGUGAACCUGAGCGAGCCGCCCCCUCAGAAGCCGCCGCUGGGACCCUCCCACCUGCCCGUUACCGUGUCAGCAGCGGCGGCGGCCCUGCUCGGCGCCCUGCAUCCCAACGUGCCCGAGGAGCUUCGCAGAAAGUAUCCGCUGGCCGCCAAACCUCCGCUGGCCCCUCAUCCCGCCCUGCCCAUGCCGCAUGCGCAUAUCCCGCACACGCACGCCUUGCAGGGCAGUGAGUUGCGACUGGACCGCGACUAUGGCGGCAAGUCUCCCAUGUACAGUUCUGGUGGCAGCUACGACAGCAUCAAGAUGGAGCCGAGCGCCGAGGACCUGAGUACCAGCCGUCUUGGAGGUCCUGUUGCCCCCGACGAUGACGACGACGAGCAUGACGAGCACGAUGACAGCGACAAGAUUAAUGACACAGAGGGUGUCGACCCGGAGCGGCUGAAGGCCUUCAAUAUGUUUGUGCGUCUGUUUGUGGACGAGAACUUAGACCGGAUGGUUCCCAUCUCCAAGCAGCCCAAAGAGAAGAUCCAGGCUAUCAUUGAGUCCUGCAGCAGACAAUUCCCAGAAUUUCAAGAGCGCGCCCGCAAGCGAAUUCGCACCUACCUCAAAUCCUGCCGACGCAUGAAAAAGAACGGCAUGGAGACCCGGCCCACUCCGCCUCACCUCACUUCCGCCAUGGCGGAGAACAUCCUGGCCGCCGCCUGUGAGAGCGAAUCGCGCAAUGCUGCCAAGAGGAUGCGCCUGGAUGCCUAUCACGAUGAGCAGAUCUCACUGGAUAAACCCUCCAGUGGUGGCGCCGCCCCAAGGGAGCCAGCGUCACUCGUUCCCUCCGCCUACUCGCUGGCCGCGUCCGCCUUCUCUAACCAGGAGCCACAGGUCUACAUCAACGGCGCUGGACUCAGCUAUGGUUACCGUGGAUACCUGGGGCUGGGCGGAGCGGUUUCUUUGACGACUGGUGCCGCCGCUCAGAGCAACGGCCCCACAGACCUCAGCAUGAAGUCGCUCUCAUCCACCAACAUGGCCGCCGCCGCCAACCACUGUCUGGGUGGGCGGGGUGGCGGCGGUGGGGGCGGGGCCUCAGCCCAACUCAGCCAACCGGAGAUCGCGGCCGUGCGUCAGCUGAUUGCCGGAUAUCGGGAGUCGGCGGCUUUCCUGCUGCGCUCCGCUGAUGAGCUGGAGAAUCUCAUCCUGCAGCAGAACUGAAGUGCAUACACGUACUCAUAUUCAGCCUUUCUCGGACACGUCCGGGAGAAACUGGGGGAAAAGUGUGAAAUCCUUGGUGAGUACUUGUGAGGAGGUUAUCCCGCUUCACACCCAAUCAGCGAACCUCCGAUGAAGAGCGACUUUGCUAUCCCAUACCCUCCACGUGUUCCGGCACCCUCUUGGACACGUUGGCUUGUACAUAGAAGCACUUUUCCUGCUAACCUUUCCGCCACUUCAUAUGCACCUCAAACUCCUGUUACCAGAGCAGGAAAUACCUCAAUCAUCCGCUUCCUGCCUCAUUGUUGUAAAUAUUCAGCUGAAGAUGCUGAGGAUGAAGAUGUGUGUGUGAGUGUGUGUGUGCUAAAUGGUAAUGACCGCUCCUUUAUUACCUCCCACACUAACGUGGUCGUCACGUCUCUUCGGACCUCCUCCGUCUCUUCUCGAUGGACCUAAAGCUCCUGCUCGUCCUCGCUAGCGUCCUCCACAGGAAGAGGAGAGCACUGGGACAUUGCUGCUAAAACGAGAGGCGGAGCUUCUGCCAUCGAUAAUGCACGAGACCUCACAAAUGGCGACGACAACGGACCACCAAAAGCUUUCUUGUGUUGCAUAUCUUUUUUGGACUGUUCUGCCAAUUCGGCAACAAGUCGCAGCAUCUACGUUAUUGGCUGCAGGGCUGUUUGUUUUCUGGAUCAACCACUGAGCUGCUUCGGGUUCUUGCGAGGAGAAGGUUAGCCUAGCUUAAAGUUGUAUUCUUUUAUUUAAAAACGGCACUCUAAGUCCAACAUUAACUUUUUUUUACAUUGUUCAACUAGUCAACAAGAUGACUACAUCACUGGAUGUCGCUAUUGUAUUUCAUCUUAGAUACUAGGUUCAAUUACCUUGGUCUGGAUCAGUCAAUGCGCAGCCUCAAUUAGUUGCGAGGAGCAUUAGCUGACAUUAAAGUUGUGUUAAUUUCUUUAAAAACAGCUAACUUGAAUUUAAGUUUGUCCUUAAUUUUGUUCUACUCAACAAUUUAAAAAAAAAAAAAAGUCUGACAUGGACUUCGUACUCCCAUUGUACAGAUAGUCAACAAGUUAGCGUCACCAGAUGUCACAAAUGACUUAAAUUUUACAUAUGAGAUUAGCGUUGACUGAAACAGCCACUGAGCAGCCUCGAAUUGUCAUGAGGAUAAAGCCGCUUGGUUUAAAAUCCUAUUGUUUUAUUUGAAACAAACUUGAAAUUUGCCAACAUGUAAACACAUUGUACAGCUAUUUAUUGAGUCAAUGGCAUCAUUGGUCAAAUCUUAGCAUAACAUCUUAUUCUUUCAUUAAAACCAGCAUUUAAUGGUGUCAUCUCUAAGUACAUUGAACAUUCCAAAUGCCUCCAUUAGGAUAAGCACCAUCUCGUAAUGCUAAAACAAGAUGUUUUAUGCUAAGCUUAUGUAACUAGUGGUAAGUGGGCAACUUUGCUAAUGAGCGACUUUUGUGUUUAACAUUGAAUUUUUUUUUCCCUGCCAACAAGACAAACGAACUACCAAGUAGUUUACAACUUCAUGGGGCAAGAUGUUAAUAUGCGGCCUUUUUACUUAACUUACAUCUUUUUAUCGAGACUUUCAGUACAAUGAUUGAGGUUGUCAUGAGGAAACAGUGGUAGUAGCAUAAAAUCAUAUUCUUUAAUUGAAGCCAACAUUGAUGUUGUUCUAACAGCACGUGAGUAUAUCAAGCAGUCUUUAUACAGUAAGCUCGGCUAACUGGCAAACAAAUCAUCAGAUGAAGGUCGUGACUUUGCUAAUUGAUGACUCUUUGUGUUUCCCUAUAGAUUUUUGGUGCAAAAACAACAUGUUCAAAAAAUGAACAAGGUAACGCUGACGCUCGGACAGAGGAAAUUUUAAAAGGCGACUUGUUUCCGACUGAUGUAUUGAUUUUAUGGUGGAAAGGGGGCAGACGGUGUAGUUCGCACUUGUUUCUCUUGGUCUUUAUUUUAAUUUUUUUUACACAAUGCAGCUGAUAAUCACGAUGUUCCCUCGACAUUAGGCGGUCUCACACUGUGAGACUUUAGCAUUUGCCAGAGCAAUGAGAGUUAAUGUGACUUGUUGUCUUUGUGGAACAUUCCCGAUUUGAACUGUGAAGGUUCUUGUUUUAUUUGUUUGACCAAUAUGCAAAAAAGGAAAAAAAAAAGAAAGCGAGCAUGAGAAGGGUUCUGGUGGGGAGUUGGGAGUGAUGAUGUCACAUGACUCGUGUGUCACUGCGCUACAAUCAGGUUCUUAAGGUUCUAAGCCAAGUGUUGGGAAAAUAUGGCCUGAGGUCACAUGAUCCAUUAUUUAAUUAUAGUUAUUUGUUGCAUUAAUUAAAAUUGGCCGGGGUUUUUUUUUUAUUCACUUAUCAAACUGGUUCAUUGAUUUCGUGGAAAUAAAGAAAUACAGCAUCAAUUCAUAAAAUUAACAAUUUCUACAUCUACGUUUAUUUUAUAAAAUAAUUGGAACUCGUUAAAUUAGUUAUUAAAACUACAACUCAAAUGAAAAUGAUUUUUUUUAUUGCAGUAUACUGUACUGGUUUAAUUUUUACCUCAUGUACGAAUGACCUGGCCCAUCGACACAUUGUCAAAAUCAAAUGUGGCUCUUGUGUACAAAUGUUUGUCCACCCUUGUGUUAAGCAUUUGUUAGUACAGUAAAUAGAACCAGAACAAAAAGAAGUUUGUUAGUCUCAAACCUACUAAGGCAAACAACAAAAACCAAGCAAAGGACAAUCUUUGCCAAGUUGUAAUUUGUUGUUUCGAAAAAUAAUUUUUAGUCUAAAAUUCUGCCUCCUGACACCAGAUUGUUUCUUUAUUUUUUCAAAAUCAACUUUGUGAUUUAAAAAAAAAAAAUUAUGUAUUUGUCUUUUGUGGGGGUUUUUUUCAAACAAGAUAUUUGUCAGUGUUUGCCUCAAGUACGCAUUCCGAAAGGUUGCCCAGCAUCCAUCACACGUCUAUGUGCAUUCCUUGAAGAGAAACAUCUUUAUUGUUAUUGAGUUUAUUCCGUCAAAUAAGUCCGCGUCGGACUCAUAGAAAAAUAAGGUUAAGCUGAGCUACGAUGCUGGUCGAGCAAUCACGAACUUUGUGAACAAAUGCCAACACAAGAAGGUUGAAUUUGUUGUGUUUAUAUAUUUUUGUAAGGGACAGCACAGUGGAUUUAGUGAUGAGCAUGUCUGUCUCACAGUUGAAGGGUUCUUGGUUUGAAUCUCUGCUCCGGAUUGUCUGUAUGCAUGUUCUGCCUGUGCUUGUGUGGGUUUUCUCCGGGUAUGUCGGCUUCCUUCCACAUUCCAGAAACGUGCAUGCUAGGUUCAUUGAAUACUCGAAAUUGGCCACAGGUGUAAAUGUGAGUGUAAAUGGUUGUUUGUCUAAAUGUGGCCUGCAAUUGGCUGGCGACCAGUCCAGGGCUGACUUUCGUAACACAGGAUACAGCUAGU